AUGGCUUCUUGGGUUCUUUUACCCGUAGCUCCUGUAACUGGUCGCUGUCUACUGGCUCCUGUGAGAACUCAGAGGUCGUCCUCCAUCUGCAUUCGGUCUUUUCUGGACACUAAUGUUUCUGACAUGAGUGUAAGGGCUCCAAAAGGGUUGUUUCCACCUGAAUCUGAACACUAUCGGGGUCCCAAGCUAAAAGUGGCUAUAAUUGGAGCCGGGCUUGCAGGCAUGUCAAUAGCAUUUGAGCUUUUGGAUCAAGGCCACGAGGUUGGUCCAAUUUAUGUUCUAGUCCCCCGACUGCUCACAAUUUUGUCUGAAUUGUGGAUAUAUAUGAGUCAAGGCCUUUCAUUGGUGGAAAAGUGGGAUCCUAUGUUGAUAAACGUUGAAACCACAUUGAAAUGGGACUCCAUGUUUUCUUUGGUUGCUACAGCAAUCUUUUCUGAUUAAUGAAAAAGGUGAACAAAUAUUGCUUGGUUGAACUGCUAUGACAUUUGGGUGAUCCU